CAAAAACUUGACAGACACGUCGUCGCUGAAAAAGGACCACCGCGGAAAAGGACCCUCCGCCUCCAUCCCCAGUUCUCCAUCCUACCUAACCUGGACACGACACCAUUCCCUUCUAUUUUUAUCUGCAGAGCCCCCUCCAAUCCCAUUAUCUAAGAACUUGUUCUGUAUGACUCUAUCAAUCCGUCCAUUAUUGUGUUCCAAGAACCUUUCACCUCUUUCGCUAUUUAAUUGACUUUUCUUUCAGAUCACCAUUGUUAAAAAAACCACAGAAAUUCCACUCUUUUGUUGUACCCAUUUCGUUUAAUAUACCAUUCUUAUCUUUACUCUUUGACUGCUCCUUUAUAUCGUUUAUUCUGAUUCCACAUUACCCAUAUUUAUAUAAAGGGUGACAUUAGCCGUAUUUGUGUUAUAGAUUCACUUUGCGUUCUGGGUAAAAUUGAAAAAACUGUUUUUGAGCUGAGAGAAGAUAUAUAGAAUGACGACUGCUUUUGGAAUGAUUGGUGGUGUUGGUGGGUGUGGCUCGCCGCCUUCUUCUUCUUGGAUUCGAUUUAAGAGUUUGAAGAAAAACAAAAAGGUUCUGAUGAAUGAUGGGUUCAGGGUUUACUGUGUUUCUUCUUCGACUGCUUCCGAUCCAUACAGAACUCUUCGGAUUCAGCCUGGUGCUUCUGAAUCUGAGGUUAAGAAAGCUUUCAGACAGCUUGCUUUGCAGUAUCAUCCGGACGUCUGCAGAGGAAGCAAUUGUGGAGUUCAGUUUCACCAAAUUAACGAAGCUUAUGAUGUUGUGAUGAGUAAUUUGAGAGGAGAAUCAACCACAUCACAUAUGGGGAUGUACGAAUCGUAUGAUUCCGGAGCAGAUGAAACCAUGAGAGGGACGAACGAGCCUGAUUGGGACCUUUGGGAAGAAUGGAUGGGAUGGGAAGGAGCAGGAAUUCGUGACUACUCAUCUCACAUUAAUCCUUACAUUUGA